AUUAUCUACGCCGUGAUCUUGACCAUCGCUACGCUGUUGCUCAGGUAAUCUGUCUUCAUUCUCUCCCUCGUCUGUCUACCCCAUUCCCCGACACGCCCGUCCUGGCCUAUCUUGAUCACCCUCUCAUCGAGACGCUCUGCUUGACAUCGCACAUCUCAAAGCUUUCAUGGAAUCCUUCACCCUCGCGCACGUCCCUCAGGAUCUUUCUGUCGUCUACACGGCGCUCUACACGAACGUGACGAACUCGGCAGAAAUUAGGAAACGCAUCGUCGCUGCUGCGACCGCUGAGGGUGAGGCGGGAGAUAAAGAGCGCGAGGCGGUCGAUUUUGCCUUCGUGGAUGCGAGAUUGGUAACAAGCCGACUACAUCUACGAACCGCGAUACAUCAGGCCGUGUUAGCCGCAGCCCGCGGGGCGUUGAGGACGAAGACGGUGCACUCGGAAAUCCUCUUCAUGCUGAACCCGACAAAUAAUAUCUCCGAGGCGAUCAGGCGAUACGGCGUCUCCGAUGGCAGUACCUCCCUGCUUGUCGUACGCGUUUGUGGACCGGAGGUAGGAGAGGAGACGGUGCGCACUGCAGCAGACGCGGUGGUGAAGGGGGAGAGGCGGUCGGUGGAUGAGCUGGCGACGGUCGUGGAUUGGGCGGCGGUGAAGAAGUACCACAAGCUGAACGGAGAGGCGGCGGUGCAGAAGCUGAAGGGGGACGCGGCAGCGGAGUGCCGGCUGGUAGACAACAUCGUGACGAGUACGGUAGCGGCGAAGACGGUGCUUGCGUGAAGACCUCAGAUGUUGCGCGAUCUCGCGAUCCUGUUCGUGUGUAUGUGUGUAGGGGGGGGGGAGGACUCCGUGAACGUGCGGGGGCUACUCGUGGGCAAGGUAUGCACGACUCGAUCCAUGUACGCCCUGAUGUGGGGACCACUGGAGUAUGAAGACGACGUCAGCCACACGGCAUGACACCCCCACGCUUCGCAUAUCCGAAUUGACAAGCGCAUCGCGGUACUCGGCGAGGGCAGGCUGGCGCAGAGUGGGAC